UGUGUUUGUUGCUUUGCUGAAUUCGGUUGAGGAAAACGCUUGUAAAGUUCAAUUAUCGUCGGCGUAUUUAUUUACCUUUUUGCGCCCAACUCACCGCGUUCUGUUUUGAUUCCUUUUUUUUGCCAAUCGAGUGCCUGUUGCCUUCCUACACUGAGAGAAAUCUGAAUAUACACGAUAAUGCGGGCGAAGCGGUGGAAUUUAAUUGCAAAUCGCAUUUUAUCCUUGGCUGAUUGCGGUUUCCUUUUCGCCGUUGUUGUUUUUGUUGUUGUGUGCAGCAAAUAAAACUCGUUUCACGCGCCAGUGUGUAUGUGUGUGUGAGCGCGGAGUGUGCGUGUGUUGGUGUGUUGUUUGUUUGUUUGCGCGGCUUUUUUUUUGUGAUUACUGUUUUUGUUAUUAUUGGAUGCAAAUUUGACAAAAACAGUGACAAUUUCGAGGAAUUCAACAAGAAACAGCAACAGUUGACGCCGGAGAACGUAAGAUGUCCUUGACGAAAAAGGAUCCGUCGCUGAGAGUCGCCGCCUCGGAUCCGCAUCUCGUUUCUCUGGGCGGCGGACGGCUGAGCACCGCCGUCACCAUCCACUACAUACACAUAGGUGAUACGACGAUUGGAUCGGCAGCCAGUUGCAGCAUCUCGUUGAAUGGAAGUGGCGUUCGUCCGCUGCACUGCACCAUCUACAGGAGCGACGCCAACGAAGUGACCCUGGUGCCGGAGAAGGAUUCCCGCCUGCUGAUCGACGGGUCUCCGAUUCUGGAGGAGACGAAGCUCAGCCAGGGGGCGAUGAUCACGAUCGGCAACUCCAACUACCUGAGGUUCAACAAUCCGGACGAGGCGCAGAUGAUGCGCUCGGCGAUGGGCUCCAACGAGCGGAUCUCGAUGCCCCAGAUCGAUUUCACGCAAUCGGCGCGGCAGGCGCACGAGCUGAGUCAAUCGCUGGAGCUGGAAUCCUUCUACGAGAGCAUCAUAAAUCCAAUCAACCAUCAGACAUCCUCCUCCGCCGCCACCACCUACGAACUGGAGUGCCCCAAGGUCUUCACCUCCGACCUGGUCACCGUCAACAUGCCGGCCAAGGAUGUGCUGGGCCAGAAAUACGCCAGCUUUGCCCGCAAUCUCGCCGAGAAUCAUCGCAACGAGAAGCAGCUGAACAACCAGUUCGCCAAGGGAGUGGGUGGCAGUCACGGUGGCUACUGGAAUGUGCCCAGCAAUGCGGCGAUCUACAAGGAGCAGCAGCAGCAGCAACAGGAUCUCCUCACGAAGGUGAACAACGAUCGCUACGAUCGUUAUCCCAAGGCGGGUGGCCUGCAGAUCUACUCGAUGAACGGCGUGAAUAGCGAUAUCAACAAUGGAGGAGCCGAACUGGAGGAUAUGCUCAAGAUCUGCACGGAAUAUGCCGAUCGGAAUAAUAGCACCAUAGCACCCAGCAGCCAACACAAUACUUCGAGUACAUCCAGCAUUACGUCGUCACCGAUUGUCCAGAAUCGCAUUAAAACCAACGGUUCGUUGCCGCGCGACAAGAACAAGUCACCGUUUCCACAGCAGGCAGGAGGAUCAGGAGGCAGCACGGCGAAUGUUUCUCUGUUGAGCAGCUCGUCGGGCUACGAGAAUGUCCGGCUGUUGGGACCGAAUCGUGUGGAGAUCAAUGGGCAAAUCCAUGUGCCAGCCUCAGCAGGCGGAGGGGGCGGAUCCAGUGGAGCGCCUCCCACGGCGGCCGUAAGGUCCAGUCAUGAGAAUCUUAACCAGAACCCGAACUCGGCCACAAAGUAUGUGCCCCAGAGUCCGAGGACCAAGAUCCGCACCAACUGCAUGUCGCCCAAGAAGGAUGUGUCCUUCGGCAACGCCUUCGCCCUGGCCAUCAGUCCACCGCCUCAGGCUUCCAUGGCAGUGGUCUCCGCCUCCAAACCCAUAGCCAUACCCAUUCCCAUUCCCAUGGUGAAGCCACCGCUGGCACCCAAGCCACCGGCUCCCAAUCAGCAGCGCGACUACGAUCAGCUCUUCAAGUCCUUCGAGCGCAAGCAGCAGCAACUGGAUCGAAUGGUGCCCGCCAAGCGGAGCAACAAGAACAUCAACAAUCUCACCCUGAAUCUCCAGUCCCUGGAGUCCCAGACGCAGUCGCCCAAGCCGAGCAGGAAGCCAGCGCCGGCACCGCGCAGCAUUCACCUGGAGCAACGCCAGCGGCGGGAGCUCAUCCAGCGGCGCAAGCAGCUCAAGCAGGAGCUGGCCGAACUGCCGCCCUCGGCGGGAAUCGAGGGACUCGAGUUGGAACUGGGUGAGCAGCCCCUGGCCGCCAGUGCCUCGCCGCGACUGCAACUGCAGGCCCUGCAGAAUCGCGUACGCCGCCUGGAGGCCCAAAGGAACGCCACUCGCGUCAUGGAGGAGAAUCAGCAGGCCAAGUUGAAGCAGUCCAUCGAAAUGAAGCAGGAUCAGUUGAAGAAACUGCGAGCCAUGUUGAAGCAGAAACCGAACAACGCCUGCCUGAAGGAGGAGCUGCAGCUGGUGUGCGAGUCCCUGGAGAGCGAUAGAAAGACUUUUGAGGACCUGGAGUUUCAGUAUUUCGAGGAGGAGUCCGAGCACCAUGCCAGCCACGAGGAGUUCAAGCGACAGGAGCAGCGUCUGGCCCUGGAAGCCGAACUGGCCGCUCUGCGCAUUCAAAUCGGACCGGAUGAGGAGGAGGAGCCGCCCGGCUCGCAGCCCAGCUCGCCAGGAUCCACCGGCAGCAAUCUGGUCAACGGCGUGAUGUCGCAGUCCCUGUUCGGCUCCGCUGAACUGCUCUGCCCGAAGCGACGGAACCAAGAGGAUCUGAUGUCGAAGAGCAUCAACGAGAAUAUGUUCUACCAUCACAAGAUCGAGGCCAACACCAGCACGCCCAAGCGUCUGCCGCUCCAGCUGUUCGAGGAUUUGGGCGGCGGCAGCUGCGAGCAGAUCAGCUUCAAUCUCUCGCUGCAGGGCGAUCGCUUCGAGGUGAAUCCUUUGGAGCGACGCGUGCCCUCGCAGGACGACAUCGAUCGCAGCUGCAAGGUGGCCAACGAUGCGCCCAUCUCCACCAGUCAGGGGGCGAGCACCAAGAUCUUCGACAGCAUCAAGGAGAUCGAAAGGAAUCGCAAGCUUCUGCUGGCCCAGCAGGGUCAUCAGGUAAUCGAGCACGAGCGGCAGAAGAUGUACGAUCUGAAGAAGAAGAGCCACGACGAGGCCCGCACCCAGUAUCUACUCUCCACCCAGCAAUCGAUGGAGCAGCAACAGCAGCAACUGGAAUCGGAUGCCAACGGCGGCAAAGAUGCGAAAUUAUUCGAGAGGACCGAGAUGCAAAAGCUCAAUCAGAAACCAGGUGACACAGUGGAUGAGCAGGUGCAAAAGAACGGUGGCGAUAAGGAGAAUAAUGUGCAGAACAGAAAAUCAACCGGCAGCAGUCCCACAACAACAGCAACAACAACAACUGGAACGACACCUCAACAGCAACGCCAUUCGCAGCCGGAAUUGGAGCACCAUGCCAUUGCCCUGGGAAUAGGAGGAGGUGCCGGAGGAGGAGGAGGAGUCGGCGGUGGCAACCAAAUGGUGGUCCGCAGUCCACGCCCGCUGUCCGAGGCCAACAACUGCGAUGCGGCCAUCGAGGCGCCCAAGUUCGGCAACGGAAUGGACUCCUCCUCGUCGCCGGCAGUGGACAACAAGCGGGCGAGCAGCAAUUCACAGGAUACCGCAUCGGCGGGCAGCGGAAGCGGGAACAGCGGCAGUGGCGGCAGCACGGCCAGCGAACGGAAGCGCAUCCUGCCGAAGCACCAGCGCCCGCUCACCCGCUACCUGCCCAUCUUCUCGCCGGAUCUGAAUCUGCGGCACCACAUCGAGACCGCCGGCCACCAGAUCGAUCUGUGUCCGCAUGUCUUUGUGGACGCCCACAGUUGUCGCGGUUACCUCCACAAGCUGGGUGCCACGUUUCACGCCUGGUCGCGGCGCUGGUUUGUCCUGGAUCGCCAGAGGAGCGCCCUAAUCUACUACUCCGAUAAGUCGGAGAGGAAGCCGAGGGGCGGGGCUUACUUUGCAACCAUCGACGAGGUCUAUCUGGAUCAUUUGAACGCCUCGAAGAGCGGACGACCGCAUUGCACGUUCAUUGUGAAGACGAAGAAGCGAAGCUACAACCUGCAGGCCGCCUCCGAUUCGGCGGCCCGUAUUUGGAUCGAUGCCAUCAUCACCGGAGCCCAGGGUAAUCUGGACUACUAGAGGAUUACGGAUUCUCUUCUGCCCAGUGCACAGUCUCAGCAUUAGAUGGGAAAGAUUUUUUUAAUUUAUAAGCUCAAAUAACUAUAACAAAGAAACAAAAGUAGCCAUGUAAGACCAAAAAACAAUUGCUCAACACAGCGAGCGAAGGGCAAAAGGAACCCGUAACUUUCUCUUCUUUUUGGCGAACUAACGAAAUCCGAGAUUUCAGUACUGGACCAAAGUCAAGAACGUAUUUUUUAUAGACCUAUACCUAGAUUAUGUAAUGUACAUUUUACUUUGUCAUAUUGUGGUUAAGAACUAUUUUUCUAUCGGUAGGUUUAGAUUUAGAAAUGAAUGUAAAUCAAGGACAGCCCCAUGCUACUAACACCGCCAUUUAAAAACCUAAUCAUAUGGAUACCCUUAUAGUGCUUUGACCAAUGGUGGCAGUGCCCCGAUAUUACUGAAGUUUUAACCUCUAUGGUUUUCAUUUUUUUUCGGCGAACUGAUAUUAUUGGUCAAACAUCUAUAUAAUCGCAUAAAUAUCAUAAACCCUAGACUAAACUUUAUACAUAUACGAAUUGUAUAACGAUUUAAAUGUAACAACCAAAAUGACUCUUGAACACUUGAAGUUUCAUCGUGAAUUUACCUAUUAACUUUAUAAUAUUGUAUGCCUAUGAAUUAUAUUUUGUAAAAAAUAUACCAUAUAUUUUGAUAAAUGUAUAAUUGAAGGAAUAAGAUCGAGAGAAAUGGGGACAAACUAUUUGCCCAUCACUACGCCUAAGACUAAAACUGAACUUUGAACGAUUUGCUCAGGCAGCUGGAAAGGAUAAUCAAAAGCAAAACAGAAACUGAGAAGCAUGAAACUAAUUCUAAAGAAUAACUAUAAAUCUGUAUAACAAUACAAGCUAGUUAAUAAAAAUAAUUGUUUUUUUUUAGAUA